UUCGUGAUGAGAUCCCCAGAGUUGCUAUUUCAGCUUCAUUAUAAAUGAUCUGACUAAAAUGGCGGUCAUAAUCAUCACGAUUUUCAUUGUCAUUGCUUCCUUCCUGUAUUACCACUUCACACAAUACAACAAUUAUUGGAAUAAACGUAAUAUUGUUGGCCCAAAACCUACUUUCUUUUUCGGAAAUAUGAAGAAUGCAGUACUAAGAAGAAAAUCCUAUGGCCAUGUAUUCAAGGAUAUCUAUGAUAAGUACCCAGAAGAAAGGGUAGUAGGAAUGUUUAUGAUGAGAUCACCAGAAUUGUUAAUAAGGGACUUGGACGUGAUAAAAAAUAUACUAAUCAAAGAUUUCGAUAUUUUUGACAGCCGCGGUUUCCAGUUUAAAACAACUGGUUUCGGGGCAAAUUUGUUUCAUGCUAAUGCUGAGACCUGGCGACUAUUACGAAGCCGGUUCUCUCCGCUCUUCACUCCUGGAAAGCUAAGGAAUAUGAUGUACCUUUUGAGUGAAUGUGGGGACAGAUUAGUCGAACAUGUGGCACGGGUUACACAGUUAAAUCUGGAGCAAGACGUCUACGAUAUGACACGCAAAUAUACCCAGGAUGCCAUAGCUUCUUGUGCGUUUGGCAUAGACAUUGACGCUUUUAACCAAGAACACGACACUUUUCAGAAGGUCCACAGUAAUAUGUUCAACAUGUCCUUUAGUCGCGACCUGGAGCUUAUAUAUCCAGGUAUUAUGGUGAAAAUGGGAGGAUCACUUAUUCCAACAGAGGUUAUAACAUAUUUUAUCAACUUGGUGAAAAGUGUCACUAAGCAACGGAAUGAUAAACCAACCAAUAGAAAUGAUUUUAUAGAUUUAAUUUUGAAAAUGAGAGAAGAUAAACUAAUUAAUAAAAUAUCCAGGAACAACAAUGAUACAGAAAUAAAUUUAGAACUAACCGAUGAGGUCAUAGCGGCACUGGCGUUCAGUUUUUAUGCCGGAGGUUUUGAAACCACUGCAACAACCAUGGGUUUCUUACUAUACCAGUUGUCACUAAACCCUAAGGUCCAAGACAAAGUGGUGGCCGAAAUAAAAGAAGUAUUAAAGAAACAUGACGGCAAGCUGACUCUACAAGCUGUUUUGGAUUUAUCUUACAUGGGCCAAGUUUUUGAUGAAACACUAAGAAUGUAUCCAAUCAUAUCAGAUUUGAAAAGAAAAUCUAAUCGCACUUAUACGAUACCGGGAACAAAUUUAAGUAUAGAGAAAAAUCAGUUGAUUAAAAUUCCGACGCUCGGUAUCCAUUAUGACGAGAAAAUAUAUCCUAACCCUGAGAAGUUUGACCCUGAGAGAUUUUCUCCUGAAAAUGCAGCAGUGAGGCACCCAUGUGCAUAUUUACCUUUCGGACUUGGACCUAGAAAUUGCAUUGGGAUCCGCUUCGCAUUUCUACAGUCGCGGGUGUGUAUGGCGAAGCUCCUCUCCCAGUUUCGGGUGGAACCCUCCAAGAAUACACCACGUCAAUUGCAGUAUGAAACUCGACGCGUUGUGUUGUACCCCAGAGGCGGUAUACCCUUGAACUUCAUUAAAAGACAUUGAUAAUAUUGUAACAACUGGAAACGAUCAUCUUUGGUUUGCCAA